AUGGCAAAUACAAUCUUUACUCAAACGAUUACUUGCUUAGCCGUAGGGACAUUCGGUAGAUGUCCACCUUCAAAUGUUGAUCAUCAACCGAUUCAUCACCUUCGAUUCAACUCCAGAAUCAAACACAAACGCUUUUCAGUUCAAGAAAAGAACCUAGCUUUGGGAUUUCAAAAUGAUGCCAGAAGAAAAAUGAAUAUGGUUGUCUGUUCUAGCAUAACACCAGGAAAUCCUGUUGAUCCUUCUCCUGGAAAUUUUGGAUCCUUGGCACAAUAUUCGCAAUACUUGCAUCCUUUUCGAGGGGCAAAUGGGGACCUUUCUGAAACAACAAUAGAUGAAGCACAACGAGUAGUAGACAUUAUAGAAGACGUGGCUGAAGGGGUGGAGAAGGUGGCAGAAGAGGUUGUAAAGCAUCUUCCCGAGGGAAAAUUCCGUGACGCUGUAGAAUUUGUUGAAAAAGUAGCAGAAGAUGUAGAUAAGCAAGCCCAACAUGCAGAAGAUGCAUUAGAAAAGGUUGAGAACAUGGAAAAGGAACUGGAGUCUUUCGUUAUUGAAUCAACCACUCAUCAGGAAAGUACCGGCACCACGAAUUCAGAAGCAAAAGAAUAG